AUGGGGGAAGUGCUCUUCCAGCGAGCGACCAAGGGCCAGUGGGGGCAUCAAGUACAACAAGGCAUGGAAGGAAUACACCAAGCGCAACGAGCGGUACGGAAUGCCAUGGGUGCCACAGCUAUGGGGGACAUUGACUGGGUGGUCAGCGGCUGGGGGGAUGCAGUGGCAGUCCUGCUGGAGGACGUUGAGACACUCCUGGAAGAAGAGGGCCAGUUGGAUUUUGUUCAUCCAUCGGACGUUGCGGCUCUCGAUGAAGGGGCUGCAGAGUUGCCACCGACCAGAGGGGGACAGCCAGGCGAACAGCUAGCCGGGCUGAUUCGGGACAUAGAGCCGUCAUGA